CGCACGAGUACUGUUGGGAGUACAUUACAAGGUAUAACAAUUUCUCUGUUAGAGGAAAGGGAGACAGCUGCUCAUGGCGAUCGCCACGCCGCACUUGGCGGGCAAACUCUGAAAUCUCGCAAGAAUUGUACAUUCCUCACUCGAGAGCGUUCGAUUACAAGUUGGUCACUAUGGACGUUGAUCUUCCUGGACUUGGAGUAGGCCAGCAGCGAGUGUCACUGGAGGAGGAGCUUACAUCAGUUUUCACAGCUUUGCUGUCGGACAGCAGGGGCGCCAAGGACGCUGUAGUAGACAUUUAUAAUGUCUGUCACCAAAGGGCGGAGGCCCUCAGAGCCGAGGCUUCGGAGCAGCUGCACCGCCCAGCCCGUCACAUGACCCUCAUGACGCUAGCCGAGGAGAUGGAGGCGCAGGCGGCCACGUGGCAGCUCGUCUUCUGCCUCUACUGCGAUGAGGCGCCGCCCGCAGGGGUGGGCGGAGGCGGGGUGAUUGGCACCGGCGGGGCGAAGCUCUACCGGGAGAGACUGGCAGACAGCGUCAAGUUGGACCCCGAACAGGCCAGGUGCGCCCGAGUGGUGUCCUGGCUGGAGUCCCUGGCAGACGACUGCCUGCGGCGGCAGGCGGGAGCCGCCUUUGCGCCCGAGGAGGGGCUCUGGCAUGAGACCAAGACGGAGAUGCGCGCAGGGAGAGGGUCGGUGGUUUCGGAGCUGGAUCCAGAUGCUCCGGGCCGCACCGGGCGGCCGCUGCACGCGGGGAACGCCCGCUCGCAGGAGCGCAUCCUGGCCCGGGUGUGGCAGCUCAUGCGGGCAGGCCGCCUCCCGGAGGCUCUGGAGCUCUGCCAGCAUGUGGGGCAGCCGUGGCGGGCUGCGGCGCUAGGGGGCGGGGGGCAGUUCGGCGCCCUGCCGGUGGGGUCCGCUGCCAUCGAGCACGACCAAGCGGUGGAUUCGGAGUUGCAGGCCGAGGAGCUGGCGGACGAGGUGACCCAUGGGUCGGGUACUCUGCUGGCGUUGUGGCGUUGGGCUGCGCAGCAGGCGGCAUCCGCGCCGCCCGGCGACAAGUUUGAGCGUGCCGUGUUUGGCGGUCUGGGUGGCAGCAUCGCCGCUAUGGCACCCGCCUGCAGCAGCUGGGAGGACUUUGCAUGGGCCUACUGCAGGUCCUGGCUGGAGUCCCAGUUGAUGCGGACAGUACCCCUGGAGCCCCAUGCGACCGGGGACUUGGUCGCUGGGGACGUGGUGGCGUCGGCGCUAGCGCGGUGUGGCAUCGCGCCCGCAACGGCCCAGCGCAGUGUCGAAGCAGCCAUGUCUGUCGUACUGGGCACCAGCGGCGGCGGCGCCGCCGCCGCCACUGGCGGCCCGCCAUUGGCAUCGUACGGCGACGGCAGCGAAGCCGCGGCGACGGCAUCCCGCGGCUUUGGGCAGCUAUUCGCUCAGCACGUCAUGGCGCCAGGGUCGCUCGUUCAUUCCGGCUCGCCUGCCGUACAGGCGUUACGACAGGUGCAGGGCCUGUUGGUGCAGGGCGACAUGUCCGUACUUGCUGGCCACCUACACAAUGCACUCGUGGAGCGCCGCAAUGGCGGCGGCGGAGCCGCCGUCGUCACCGCCGCCGAAGGCGGCGGCGAAGCCGUCCCCUCGGCCGCCGCCAUGGACGACGGCGGCGCCGACGGGCUAGCGAAUGCGGUGGCGGCGACCAACCCCGAGCGGCGCUGGCGCAUGUGCGCACUGGCUGCCCACAUGCUGCUGGCUCUGGAGGGACUGGGGGUGGUGGCAGGCAGGGAGCAGGAGGCCCGAAGCGGCGGGGCGACGGGAGCGCUGUCGGACCCCUUUGAAGUGCACAAGACGCUGGAGCUGUCCCAGCAGCUGCUGGUGUUCUACGUGUCCCGGCUGCUGGAGCGGGGGCAGCUGCCGCUGGUGCCGCCCUACCUGUGUGCGCUGCGGACCGCCCCCAGGUCCUCGCUGUGCGGGGAGCUGCUGGCGCUGCACACCAGGAGGCUCACAGGCCUCGUGGCGGUCGAUGGCGACGCCUCCGCUGCCGGUGGACCCACGGGUCUGUCUGAGGAGCAGCUCGCGGCGGCGGACAGCGAGUGCUUCUCCGCCUUUGCGUCCCUGGACGAGUGGUUUCGGCGCUGUGUGGAGCGGCAGCAGCAGCCGCCGGAGGAGCUCGCCAGCCGCCUGGCGACCGACAUACGGCCCAAUGAGCUCCGAAUCCAGCUAGCCACCUUUGCGCUCUCCUGCCGCAACAACCCAUUAUACGGACCUCACCAGCGGUCCCGCGUGACUCGCUGGUUGACGUAUCCGUACAUUGCCGCCGUACAACAAGCAACCGCCGCUGCUGCUGCGGAAGACGAGCAGCGGCGUCAGGAAGGUCUCAACAAUGACGUCGACGGCGGCGGAGGCGACGCGGAGCAGCAGCAGCGGGCCGCGGUUGUCGUACAACUGGAUCCCAUGUCGUACUAUGACGUGUUGGAUUACGCCAACUGCCUGUGCUGCGAGCUGGCGCUGGGUGACGAUGUGACGGCGGCGGCUGGGCACGUGCUGUUUGAGGAGGUGCUACCGGAGGGUCUCGACCAAGCCGCUUUCACCGCAGCAGAGUCCCUCGCCGCCUCCGCCGCCGCGGCCGCAGACGCCGCCGCCGCAGCAGCCGCCGAACUGGACGCCGCUGUCGCCACCUCCUCUGGAUCCCUCUCCGCCCUCAUCCAGCAGCAGCAGCUGCAGCAGCAGGCGGCAGCAGAGGCGGCGGUCGAGGAGCGCCUAGCAGUGCAGCUCCGAAAUCUGGCUUCUGAGCUGUCUGCAUGGCGGCUGUUCUUCGGCCUGGAUGCGCAGUUGGCGCGGUGGUGGAGUCGACAUGAGGCGCUAACAGCGGCGGCGGGGCAGGAGGAGGGCGAGGAGGCGGUGGCGGCGCUGGUGCAGGAGGGCGGAGAGUUGCUGCAGGCGUAUCUGGAGCAGCUGCUCCAAGUUGGCUGGCAGCAGGACCUCGCGUCGCCCGCCCGCGCCCUGGCGGCGGCGGCAGCGGCAGCGAGCGACGGCGCCGUGCGCGUCACACUGACGGUGACAUCACCGCCGGGCGCCGGGUCCCUGGCGGAGCCCUCCUCGGGCGCGGCGGCGUGGGGGCAGCAGACGGCGCCGUACCCCGUACUGCAGGGUGCCGCCCUACUGGAGUUCCAGCUGGCGCUGCAGGCGGGUCUGCAGCGGGAGGUGGCGCAGCUGGGGGCGGGGCCGGCGGUGGAUGUGGUGGUGGCGGGGCCGGCGGAGGCGGAGGAGCAGGGGCAGGGGCUGGUCACCGUGAGCCUGGCGGCGGCACCGGAGCCGCAGUCCUGGCAAGCUCUGGUGGGUCUGGUGUGCAGUGCGGUGCGCGGCGGGCUGGAGGGCGCCCCGCGGCUGCUGCUGGUGGGGAUGGAGGCGGACCGGGCCACCAGCCUGGCGGUGUGCCGGCGGUGCUGCCUGGCACAGGCUGUUCUGCGCUGCGCCGCGUUGCGGCUGUCGCUGGUGACGUUGGGUGCGGACGCCGACUCGCCCGCCACCGGGCCGCAGCUGCUGGAGAUGUUGGCGGCGUCACCGGAGGUGACGGGCCUCGGGACCCGCGGGUCUGCGGGUGCGGCGGGUCUGCUUGACUUGCUGACGCAGUCGCAGCUGCAGCACGUGCUGGCGGCGGAGGCGGACACUGCCGUACAGCACCUGCGCAACCAGCAGCAGCCGAGGAGGUGGCAGCAGCAGCAGCUGCAAGAGCAGCAGCGGUGGAGGCGGGUGUAGGGCAGGAAGAGCGGGCGGUGAUGAGGUGGAGGAUGAGGUUAUAGGUCGGGUAGGCGUUCGGAUGGGGCCAUCGGAGAGGAGUCGAUGUAUGGCAGGAAGGCAGUUGAAGUGGUGGGGUGGAGGCAUUUUGACUGCUACCAGCUGCUUAGGAUAGGCACGAUGGCGUGUUGGAAUUGCGGGCAGAGCCGUCCUUCAGGACAGGUCUGUGGGAUAAAGAUUUGAGGAUGACACCACCUGUACUAAGCGUAUGGGAUUGGCGUGAAGCUGGCUUUGGGGCCUCGUAGAAAGCGUCGGUUAACACGGGUACGGCACUGACAGGUGGUGAUCCCUGUAAACGCGAUGCAACGUUAUCAAUAGAUUCCAUGUUCUUAUGCAAGGCUUGGCCUCCUACAGCCCAAGAAACGGUGCCUUGCAUGAAGGUACCAUCGCGGCUGCAAACCUGCCCGUCGUGGAUUGACAACCCUUUACGCUUUCCUACAUCUAAAUAUAUUCGUUUCUAAAAUCACAAAGAGCUGAAAAUAGAAACGUGCACUUAACGGCUGCAAGCCAAACCUUUGGGCUUUAAGGACCAAGGAGUUUGGUUUGCAGUUAAGGAAAUGAAACCAGCACAGGAGCAGGAGGAGGUACUCCACGUUGGUUUCAACCAGGACUAUGGAUGCUUCGCUUGCGGCACAACAACUGGUUUUCGCGUGUACAACUGCGAGCCCUUUAAGGAAACGUUUUGCCGGGGCUUUAAUAAUGGAGGAAUUGGCAUCGUGGAAAUGCUUUUUCGAUGUAACAUCUUGGCAAUUGUGGGCGGGGGAGCUGCCCCACGGUACCCGCCAACUAAGGUCAUGAUAUGGGACGACCACCAGGGCAAGUGCAUUGGCGAAAUGUCCUUCAGAAGCCAGGUUCGUGCCGUACGGUUACGUCGCGACCGCAUCGUGGUUGCUCUGGAGCACAAGGUGCUCGUCUACAACUUCGCGGACCUCAAGCUGCUGCACCAAACGGAGACCUGCGCCAACCCGCGCGGCCUGGUGGCCAUCUCCUCCACCGCCGCCAUGUCCUCCAACUCCGAUAACACGGUGCUGGCCUGCCCGGGGCUGCACACGGGGCAGGUGCGUAUCGAGCUGUACGAGCGGCGUCAGACCAAGUUCAUUUCCGCGCACACUAACGCGCUGAGCUGCCUGGUGCUGUCCAUGGACGGCAAGCGGCUGGCCACCGCCAGCGAGAAGGGCACGCUGGUGCGUGUGUGGAACACGGCGGACGGACAGCUGCUGCAGGAGCUCCGACGCGGCGCCGACCCCGCCCACGUCUACAGCCUGGCCCUCAGCCGCACCUGCGAGUGGCUGGCGCUCAGCUCCGACAAGGGCACGGUGCACGUCUUCGCGCUGUCGCCUGCGGUGGCGGUGGCGCCCGCAGCAGGCGAGGAGGCGGCGGCGGCCAAGGGCAAGCAGCCGGAACCGAGUGAUGGAGGGUACGGAGGCGAGGCGCAACAGGAGCGGACCUCGACGCCUCAGCGGCAAAACCCCACCUCCUUCCUAUCCAUCGUACGGGGCUAUGUACCCGCCAUCCCGCUCCCCAAGUACUUCAACUCCGAGUGGUCCUUCGCGCAGUUCAGAGUGCACGAGGAGCCCGCCACCAGCAGCAUGGCAGGCGGCGUGCCGCCCUCCAUAGUGGGUUUCGGAGCCGAGCCCCACACGGUGCUGGUGGUGACGGGCGGCGGCUCGUUCUACAAGGUGGCUUUUGACCCGGUCAAGGGAGGGCCGUGCAGCCAAUUGUCGUAUUGCAAGUUCCUGGACAAGCAAGAAGCUGUGGUGUGAUGGGGGUAAUCGGGAGGAGGAGAGGAAGGAGUAGUAGGUGCAAUGGAAGCAGCUUACUUGCUGCAAGCGGAUGUGGCCACCUGGGGUGGUAGUGUUGCGUUGUUUGAGAGUUGUGAGCUUGGCGCAUGCGCCUGUGUAGAUUACGGAUUGCCCUGUGGGCACGGCUUUUAGGUGUGGCUUAGAGGACCCAAGUAGCAGCGAAGUACACAGCAUGAGUUGUGAUGCGGACGACAGGCCUCGUUGAGUUAGGGAUUGCAGGCAAUGCAGGGUGUCCUCUUCCUGGGUUGGGUUGCGACCUGGGAAGCAAGGACUUACCCGAGGAGACGGUUUUGCAGGUUUAGCGGUCGUGAGGAAACCAAGCAUUUUUGCCAUGGCCUUGUCAUCUAACUGUGGUUUUGACCCGUAAAAUGUUUCAUGUGCAAACGGCAUACUGAUGAGAUGACUAGUUGACUACAACACUACAUGUUGUUGCUGUGCUGCCGCAGCUGCCUGGUUAUGUAGGGAGAGGGGUGCGUAGCGCUGGACAGUUCCGUGACACUGCCUAGCUGGCUGAUACUGGUGAUGUUCCCAAGCUGGCUUGCACUGCUUAGAUUAAGGGCCGUGUGUGGCGGGCUUGUAGUGAGUGAGCAAAAGCAGCGCGCUGUCGGUCCUGCGCGUCGCUGAUGUUGAAGGCAGACUGACGUUUAGGGGCCACCCGCGUUUGGGGGUAAUAGGAGCGACCUACAGCUUCUC